CGUGACGCAGAGAAACGCGGUAAAACGAUAUUCCGGUUUGUAGCAGGAGGGCAGAAGCAGCAUGGCAUCCGACAACAGCUCCAUGGCUAACCUCGUUAACGGACGAGAGCCUGUCCCCCUGAACGGGGAGCCGGUCGUGAAGCGGCCCCGGGAAAGCGUCUCGCAGGAACCCUCUCUCCGCGUCCCGAAGGAGCCUCUCAACAAAGUGACCGUGGUGCUCGGAGCGCAGUGGGGCGACGAGGGCAAGGGGAAAGUUGUGGACUUGCUCGCCAUGGAUGCGGAUAUUGUAUGCAGGUGCCAGGGAGGCAACAAUGCAGGUCACACGGUGGUGGUGGACUCUGUGGAGUACGACUUCCACCUGCUGCCCAGCGGAGUGCUCAACAAGAAGGCCACCUCCUUCAUUGGCAACGGGGUGGUGAUACACCUGCCAGGUCUGUUUGAGGAGGCUCAUAAGAACCUGCAGAAAGGCAAAGGAUUACAAGGAUGGGAGAAGAGAUUAAAGAUUUCUGAUCGUGCCCAUAUUGUGUUCAACUUCCAUCAAGCUGUUGAUGGAAUCCAGGAGCAGCAGCGGCAGCAGCAAGAAGGGAAAAUCUUGGGAACCACCAAGAAGGGUAUUGGACCGGCCUACUCCUCUAAAGCCGCUCGGAACGGUCUGAGGGUCUGUGACCUCGUCUCUGAUUUCAAGGUCUUUGAAGUCAAGUUCCGCAUGUUGGCAAAUCAUUUCCUCACGAUGUACCCAAACCUGAACGUGGACGUGGACAGUGAGCUGCAGCAACUGAAGGAAUAUGCAGAGAAGCUGCGCCCUAUGGUGACCGAUGGCGUGUACUUCAUGCACAAAGCUCUUAAUGGUCCCAGUAAGAAAAUCCUGGUGGAGGGAGCCAACGCCGCUCUGCUGGAUAUCGACUUUGGGACGUAUCCUUUCGUGACCUCUUCCAACUGCACCGUGGGGGGGGUGUGCACCGGCCUCGGCGUGCCUCCAUCCUACGUGGGCCGGGUGUACGGUGUGGUCAAAGCCUACACCACCCGGGUGGGCGUCGGUGCCUUCCCAACAGAGCAACUUAACGAGACUGGAGAUCUGUUACAGUCCAGAGGGAGAGAGUUCGGCGUGACCACGGGCAGGAGGAGGCGCUGUGGUUGGCUGGACCUGAUUCUGGUCAGAUACGCCCACAUGGUCAACGGCUUCUCCGCGAUUGCCCUGACGAAGCUGGACAUUUUGGACACGCUGCCAGAGAUUCAGGUGGGCGUGGCCUAUAAGGUUGACGGAAAACCUCUGCUAAGUUUCCCCGCGAACAUGGACGUGUUGACGCGGGUGUGCGUGGACUACGAGACGCUGCCCGGCUGGUGCUGCAGCACGGAGGACGCCCGGAGCUUCGAGGAGCUGCCGGUAAACGCACAGAAAUACAUCCGCUUCAUCGAGGACUUCCUGCAAGUGCCAGUGAAGUGGGCCGGAGUCGGCAAGUCCAGAGAGAGCAUGGUCAAACUGUUUUGAUGGGACCUGUAGUCCUUCUCAACGUCCGCUCACAUAAUUCCAGGUUUCCAUAGGAUCACCGGAGGAGUCUCAAAUGCAAAAGCCUCCUACAGGAAUCACGUCACCAGCAAGGCUAUUUGGGAAACAUUUAGUUGCUGCUUCUGCAUCACAUUUUCCAAAAAUUCCUCUUAGAUAUAAUUUAUGCAUUCCACAUAAUGUUCGCUAUAUUUAUUAGGGUGUUCAUUUUAAAAACUUGGUGCAAAUGGAUUGAUCAUUCUAUUACAUGUAGUUGUUCUGGUUCUUUGUAGCAUCUUAAGCUUACUUACCUUAAUUCAUAUCUGUUCUCCAUUUCUUUUUUGUUACAUAUAUUUGAAGAGCCAGUGAUGAACGGGUGUAAAGCCUUUAUAUAAAAGGGCACAAUAAAACUAGAGAUCAUUUUCAGGCUUUGUAAAGAAAUGGAAAGAUGAUGGAAAGCCAUCGUUCGAUCAGAUUUUGAACUUUUCUAUUGAUCAAUUUUAAAACGCAUGAAUGCAUCUUGGUUAAGUUUGUAACAAUGUUUUCAUAAUGAUUGUUGGAAUGAACUUAGUGCUUUUUAAAUCAUAUUUGAAAAUGGAUAAAUUCACAACUUGACUUUAAAUAGAUGUUUUUCUUCAUAAUUAUUGAGGGAAAGUAGAAAUUCCACGUCAACACGGAGUCAUUGGCUGGUCUGUGAAAUGUUUGUGUAAAUGUAAAGACAAUGGGCAGUAAUGUACCAGAGUGUAUCACAAUAUGUUUCCUACGCCAUUUCAUUCCUCGGCAAUAAUGUAAAAGAAUCUUACUCAGCUUGCUGUUAUCAAUAAAAGGAAACUAACAUUUCA